ACGUGACUAAGACGUGACGAUUGCUUGCAUAUUCAUGUACAGUGGAUAUGAAAAGUCUACACACCCCUGAUAAAAAUUUCAGGAUGAACAUGAUGUUUAAAAAAAAAAAAAAAAAUGACACAGCAACCAAAAUAUUCAUGUGGCGGGGAAAAAAAAUAGAAACGUCUUAAGAAAAAUUACAAUAUCCUGGUUGCGUAAAUAUUCACACCCUUUAAUAAAGACACAUUAUAUGAUAAAAACCUGCCAUUUUAACAGCAGUGUGUAGAUUUUUUUUUGUUCAUCCGACGUAUUUCGUAAAGAGUUGGGGUUUUUUUACAUAAUUGUUAUUAUUGAAGAAUUUCUUUUCUAAAAUGGACCGUGACUGAAAAUCUGAUCUUCAGUGUAUUGAGUAAUGCAUGUUACAUUUCCUACAAACGUUCUGUCAUGUAAAUUACUCUGGUAGUUCUAACUGAAAGUAGAUCUGCAUUAAAUACAGCUGAGGUCAAGUUUACAUACGCCUUGGAAAAUCUGAUAAAACUUUAUUUUUUGGUUUAAAGAUCUUAUUUUUUUUCAUUUAGUACCGCCCUUCAUAAGCUGCAUAAGAUAUUUACGUGGUUCCCAGAAGACAAAAUAAUAACAAUUUACACCGAUCGUCCUGUUCAAAAGUUUACCCCCCCCCCCCAACGUGUUAGUCGUGUUGCCUUCUUGAGCAUCAGUGAACGUUCGCACCUUGUGUAAUAGUCGUGUACGAGUCCCUCGGUCGUCCUCCGUGUGAAAAGAUGGAUCUGAACAUCAUAUAAACGCUGUUGGAAAGGGCUCAAAUGUGUAGAAGAUGCUGGAAAAGUGAAGAAUGUGCAGGACGGAGGAUUUUUCUGAAGAACAUUGGGCGGUUUAACUGCUCAGGACGAACAAGGGACUCGUGAACAACUCUCACAACACAUAAACACGGUCGUCGAUCAUCCAGGUAACGACACACGGGAUUAAUAAUCGAGUGUGUGCAAACUUUUGAACUGGUUCAUUUGUGUGAAUUCAGUUAUUACUGUGUCUUGUGGAUUAAUCCAGUACUGUGCAAAAGUCUUAGGCACCCUAUUUUUUUAUUUUUUUUUUAAGUACAAACUUUGUUAUAGAUUUUAGUCAGUACAAAAACAUUUUCGAUUCCAAAACAUUAGUUUUCCAGCACAAAAUGAAGCGUUAGAGAGAAAUGUGUGUGUGUGUCAGUGAAGAAAGCAGCGUAUUCAGUACAUAAGAGACACUUUUCAGACAAUAAACACAAUGAAAGCUGCCGGGUUUCUCUGCAGAAAUGAGACGCGAGUGCGACAGUCGACGUCUCCAGAAGAACCGAGUCUGGUUCUGCAAGAAGCUCGAUAACACUUACAGCUCAUUUCCUUAUAAACCUGCGCACACUGUACCACAGACUGCUAUUUUUAUAUCACACCAAAUAUUGCCUUUGUUUCAUUUCUGUUUACUGAUCUUUAUGGUAUUUUAAUGUAGAAACAUUUCAUUUCAUUACAUCUGAAGGCAUCUUUGCAUGUGCCUAAGACUACUGCACAGUACUGUAUAUAAACAUCUAUUCUGUAAAAUAGCUUAUUCAGGGCAGUACUAAAUAAAAUAAAAAAAUGCAAUCCUUAUGAUUCCUCUGUUUUGUUUUUUUUUGUGUUUUUUUUAAUGAUCGCAUACGCCUUGCAGAAUCUGCAAAAUGUUAAACUUACGAGCACCGUACCUGUCAGUUCAGUAUGUAAGAGGCCGCGUGUUAUAACCUUUACGUGUUCGAAAUAGACGCUUGAAAGUCGCUAAAAUAAAAUCACACAUAAAAUAAAAACCCAAAACAAACACAUUGCGUGCUGGGAAUCAUUUCACACAAGAGUAUUCAUCACCUGUCGUUAAAGCCAACACUGACGAGCACACGUGAUAGGUGGUGUCGUAUGAUACUGUUUCUACGGCAACAAGGCUAUCGAUUACGUCAUGAGCUCGGUGGACUUUAGAUCGUGUUCGUAGGUCUGAGGGAGGGACGCUCCUAGAAUCCUAGAAGACGCACGAUGGCCAAGUUUCUGUCUCAGACUCAGAUUAACGAAUUUAAAGAAUGCUUCUCGCUGUACGAUAAGAAGCGGAAGGGCAAAAUCGAAGCCAAGGACCUGAUCACCGUGAUGCGUUCUUUAGGCACCAGCCCCACUUUCGGCGAGGUGGACCGACACCUACAGGUUCAUAAAAUAGAUAAAAUGGGCGAGUUGGACUUCUCUACCUUCCUGACCAUCAUGCACAGACAGAUGCAGCAGGAAGACCCUAAGACGGAGAUCCUGGAGGCCUUGCGCAUGACGGACAAGCAGAAGAAGGGCUACAUCCUGGCGUCGGAGCUCCGCACCAAACUCACAGGCCUGGGAGAGAAGCUCACUGAUAAAGAAGUGGACGAGCUGUUUAAGGAGGCCAACGUCGGCCGUGACGGCCUCGUUCACUACGAGGAGUUUACCAGGAUGAUCACCCUGCCUCCUGUCGACUACUGAAGGACCAAACAGGAAGUGCCUGGACUUGUCAGUGUCUGUUUACCAAGUUCGGCCUGUCAGUUAUAUUAAUCAACACUCAUAAAAAACAAAAACAAAAAAAAACAUGCUUUCAUAUUAAUUCCGAGUUCUUUUAGUCUUUCCUUAACGGAGAAAAAAAAAUCCACAUCUUGUCGAGACUUCUUUCAAGAUUAACAUUAUUUUAAAAACCUUUUCUGUGUUCGUGUUUCUUGCUAAUUCUUUAAGGUCGUUUACUUGUAGAACGGAAAGGAAAACUGGGAAACGCGAUCUAAUAUUUCCUUAGUAGACGACUGUAAAAGAAAUAUUAGAGUGGUAGGUCUACUUCUCGACAUUUUCCAGUCUGAUUUCAAGUUUCUGUCGGCAGAUAAUGCGGCAUAUUUCAACCGUUUAUUUAUAAAAGAAGUAAAAAUGAUCUGCCAACCGAGAAAGACAACUUUCAGCUUGAGAUCGCUAAAAAUGUCUAGAAGUAGGCUCAAUCUUAGAUUUCUUAUAUGAUAUACAGUUAUAACACCACGUUAUUACACUUUUAAAAAACAUACGUUUCUAUCUGCUAUAACGUAACAGGAACGUGUUUCUCCGACGUUCCACGCAACAAUAAAUGGAUAAAAAAAAUUUUUUGUUUUUUAAAGAGUACGACGUGUCAUUCUUCGA